CCUACCUGUUACAUGCAUUCAUGCUCCGUACACUGCGCGCAAGGACAUUGCAACUUUAUCCCUAUCUUGAUUGAAAGUGGAACAUAGAAUAAAUAAUGUGCAGAUAUAGUUAAGGGCAAAAUAAAUGUUGGUUUGACAUCGACACAGAAGAUGCAUGUUUUGGACACUCCAUAAAAGUGCCUUCGAAGUCUUGGUAUCCAUCCCUGCUCUAUCAUUCCCUGUGGCUGACCUCUCUGCUCCAGCAUGUCUCGAGUGUCCUCCACCCCCAGGUACAGCCCCAGCUCCAACCCCCUGGGCUACUACAGCACUUAUGAGCCCACCAUGAGCUACCCCCGUAGGGGAUCAGAGCUUCUCCAUCUCCCGUUCCCAUCUUCCAUGUGCGCCAUCUCCACCUCCAGGAACCUGGGCCUCACCAGCCCCAGCCACAACCACAGAGGGCCAGAGAGGGGGAGAGCCCAGCUACCCCUCCCCAGGAUCGAGGUCCCCCAGGCAAGUCGACGCAGUGAAAGCUUCAGCCGAGCCCUGUGUGCCACCAACAAAUGGCGGCCGGUUGGGGAGCGUAUUAACACAAAUGGGGGUAGUAGGGGUCUCUCGCCGACUCGUCCGGCGUACCUUAUGGUGUCCACCUCGCCCUUGUCCCGCCGGCAUCGCUUGGUCAGCCAGUCGAUCCUCACCCAGGACCUGGCCUCCAUGGGGCUGUCUGACCAGCAGCCCUGCCCUGCCAUCAGAGGACGGAGUCCAGCCAGAGCUGAUUACUAUAGCUUUCCCUACUGGGUCUCUGAGAACUCCAAGAGUCCUCAAGGCCUGGUGGGACUGAGAAACCUCGGCAACACAUGUUUCAUGAACUCAAUCCUGCAGUGUCUGAGCAACACCCCUGACCUGAGGGACUACUGUCUGAGGAACACGCACCGCACCGACCUCAACAACAACUGCAGGACCAAGGCCGCUCUCAUGGAGGAGUUUGCCAAACUCACUCAGACCCUAUGGACGUCAGUCAGCAGCGAGGCCAUCAGUCCCUCAGACUUCAAGACCCAGAUCCAGAGAUACGCGCCCAAAUUUGUGGGAUACAAUCAGCAGGACGCUCAGGAGUUCCUGCGUUUCCUAUUGGACGGCCUCCACAACGAGGUCAACCGGGUCACAGUGCGGCCCAGGCUCCCGGCCGAGGACAUUGACCACCUCUCUGACAAUGAGAAAGGGAAGAAAAUGUGGAACAAAUACCUAGAGAGAGAGGACAGCAAAGUGGUCGAUCUGUUUGUUGGCCAGCUGAAGAGCUCUCUGACCUGCAGUGAGUGUGGUUACUGCUCCACAGUGUUCGAUCCAUUCUGGGACUUGUCACUACCCAUCGCUAAGAAAGGUUCAGGGGAGGUGAGUCUGACAGACUGCAUGCGAUUCUUCACCAAAGAAGAUGUACUGGAUGGAGAUGAAAAACCGACAUGCUGCAGGUGUAAAGCCAGAAGGAAAUGCACGAAGAAGUUCACCAUCCAGAAGUUCCCCCAGAUCCUUGUGCUUCACCUCAAGCGCUUCUCAGAGAACCGCAUCCGAACCAGUAAACUCUCUACCUAUGUCAACUUCCCCCUCAAAGAGCUGGACAUGAGGGAAUUUGCCUCCGAGAACAGCAUGAAUGCAGUGUAUAAUCUCUAUGCGGUGUCCAACCACUCUGGGAACACACUGGGUGGCCACUACACAGCCUACUGCAGGAACCCAGCCCUGGGGGAGUGGUACAGCUACAAUGACUCCAGGGUGAGCCCCAUGUCAUCCAGCCAGGUCCGCAGCAGUGAUGCCUACGUGCUCUUCUACGAGCUGGCCUCCUCCUCUCAUUCACGCCUGUGAAGCUACAUGUCAUGGACAUAUAGGCUACGUAAAGCCUGGCACCCUGGUCAUACGGCUAAUAUAUGGACUACAUAGAUCUACACAGCGCCUGGAUCCUAUGCAACGAGCCUAAAAAGCCUGUGCCUGGUCUGAUAGUUGACUUUUGAGCCUUGCUCUGUAUAUAUGUAUACAGUAGCCCUUGGCACCAUGGAUUCAGCUACAACACAUAGGCUGCACUGCCAGGAUACAGAUAUUGAGUUGAGGUUCAACCAUAGCGGUUCUCCCGGGGACGUUGGGAAGAGUGGGUGUGUGCGUGCGCAGUCGCCAUGCCGACGGUGAAAAUAUUUUUUUAUAUAUUUUUUAAUGCACAACAACGAGGUCUCUAAGACCCUAAGCCGGAGUUUCGUCAUUCACUUCAAGGUCACCACUGAGACAUGAAAGACUAUCACUUGACCUUCCGUUCUGUAAAUGAUUCUAUUUAAACAAACGUCACCAUAUUUGUGACUUUAGAGAUGGAUGACUGUCUAGCACCAUCUGGGGUAGAACGAGGUCAAUGUUUGUAUGUACAGUUGUAAAAGGCUUAAACAUAACUAGGAAUGACUUCAAACAGUAUUUGACCUGGGUUCCUAUACUAUUUGAAACUCUUUCAAAUACUUUGAGGUAUUGCUUAAGCCUGCCUGGGGUGCCAGGCUUGCAGGGUUUGCAGAGCACGUUUGUGACUUCAUUUGUUCCAUUGCAACAGGAGAGCUUAAUAAAGCACAGCUAAAGUAUUUGUAAUGAUUUUAAAUAGUAUUUGAACCCAGGGUCAUAUUUAUUAGUGUAAAUAAUAAAUAUGUUUUUUUUGCUACAAAAACUAGAGUUUGUUAUUAGACAAAUUCGGCUAAUCCCUAACCCAUUUGGUCUGUAUUCGUCCGUUUGGUGUCUACGACCCUGAUCUGUUCAAAACAAGGACUCAAAAUGGUGUAAUUGUCUAUCUAAUAUUCAAACACACCUGUACAGUAAAUGGCUUUGAUUAAAAUAGUAAUCUUCUCCACCUGUGCCAACUAUGAACUCCUAAAGGGACAGUUCUCCUAAAGGGAACACUUUGUUCAACUAGUCUCUGCUAACAAAUGCUAGCAUUUUUAAACAGAAACCAAUGUAGAUUAAUCUUCUCCAUUAAGCAUGUUUUACAUUUCAUGUCCAAAUGAUCUAUAUAAAUGGAUUUUGUUGCCCAGUUAACCAUGACUUUAAACAAUUCAGAGUAUUAAGGGCCCAUUCCUUAAUGCAGAAAACAACACAACGGCAGCCCGUCACUUGGUUUGCUAGAGCUAAGCUAAGAGAUGGGGUUGGUGGGGGGGUUACCGCUUUCCAUUAUGGAGAUGUGGAUGUCUAAUCAGAUUGCAUUUUUCAGCAAAAUGAAUGGCAAUAAUUAAUUUGGAUGUCUUGUGCACCUGCCCCCCUAAAUGUCUAAAUGCCCAAGGCCUGUAUUGAUAAAAUGUCUCACAGUAGGUUUGCUGAUCAAGGACUAGGUCCCACCUGUCCAUACAAUCUUAUUCAUUGUGAUAUUAUAAAGCAAAAAACUGAUCCUAGACCAGAACUCCUACUCUGAGACUAUUUGUGAAUACGGGCCAUGAGGUCAGUCCUGAUCCGCUGGGGGGUGAACUCCCCACUAACAUACUCCCAUGGGAGAUUGUGUGUGAGUCCAAGUCUAAAUCUUCUCAGUAGCAGUAGCUUGGCCCAAACACAGUGGAUAGUUGUAGUUUUGCGUGGGGCUAAUGCCUGCUGCCUUUCUUCGUGCUCUCUUUCUACCGCUCUCUCUACUCUCUGUCUCUCCCUCUGAACUCUGUCUCUCUUUCUCUUCUCUCUCCCUCAGCCUGCCUCUACAUCUAGGUCAGUCACCCCAUUUCUCUCCUCAGUGACCUCUGGCUGGAGACUAAUCCUUAUGUCACUGAUCUUGUUAAUGUGGGUAUUAAAGAGAGAGAGAAAAAAAAAAAGUAUUUAGUCAGCCACCAAUUGUGCAAGUUCUCCCACUUAAAAAGAUGAGAGGCCUAUAAUUUAUCAUAGAUACACUUCAACUAUGACAGACAAAAUGAGAAGAAAGAAAAUCCAGAAAAUCACAUUGUAGGAUUUUUAACUCCCAGCCAACAUAACUAUACAAAAUGCAGUAAUGUGCACGAACAUCGUCCCCAGUGAUAAAACGCAGUGCUGAAUGAUAGACUGAAUCUAAAGGUUUUAAAGGGGAGGCUGCCGCAUGCAUGUAGAUUAUAUCACCAUAAUCAAGUACUGGGAGAAGCAUGGCUUGAACAGAUCUUCCUUCUACUUUCCAAAGUGAGGCAGGAUUUAUUUAUCUCGGUGCUCCCUCUCUGGUGCUCCCUCUCUGGUGCUCCCUCUCCGGUGCUCCCUCUCCGGUGCUCCCUCUCCCUUGUCCCAACCUCUGUCUCUUCUGCUUCCACUCAUUUUCCUUUUCUCAAGGCUGGUGAGUGCAGCUUAGAUGCUUUAGUUGAACAGGGUGCUGUGUUGGAUUAAUACCCCAGAGUCUAAAUCGAAUUAGCAUAGGACAAAAAUCGCCAUCGUGUUUAGAAAGCAGCUGUUCAUUCAUUUUUUUAUGGGCUGCUCGCUUAGCGGCAGAGUGGACGAGAAAGAGGCAAAGAGAGAGGGAUGUUGUUCCUUUCUCGCUUCCUCAAUCUGGGCAUUAGAUGCCAUGUGACAUAUAGGGCUCCACAUUUGAUCUCACAAGGAGCCCCCUCACACUGAUAUAGGCCUUGAAGGACACGCGCACACACACACAGUUGAAGUCAGAAGUUUUUAUACGCCUUAGCCAAAUACAUUUAAACUCAGUUUUUCACAAUUCCCGACAUUGAAUCCUAAAUAUUCCCUGUCUUAGGUCAGUUAGGAUCACCACAAAAUGUUAAGAAUGUGAAAUGUCAGAAUAUUAGGCGAGUGAUUUAUUUCAGCUUUUAUUUCUUUCAUCACAUUCCUAGUGGGUCAGAAGUUUACAUACACCGAAUUAUUAUUUGGUAGCAUUGCCUUUAAAUUGUUUAACUUGGGUCAACCAUUUCAGGUAGCCUUCCACAAGCUUCCCACAAUAAGUUGGGGGAAUUUUGGCCCAUUCCUCCUGACAGAGCUGGUGCAACUGAGUCAGGUUGGUAGGCCUCCUUGCUCGCACACGCCUUUUCAGUUCUGCCCACAAAUUUUCUAUGGAAUUGAGGUCAGGGCUUUGUGAUGGCCACUCCAAUACCUUGACUUUGUUGUCCUUAAAGCCAUUUUGCCACAACUUUGGAAGUAUGCUUGGGGUAAUUGUCCAUUUGGAAGACCCAUUUGUGACCAAGCUUUAACUUCCUGACUGAUGUCUUGAGAUGUUUCUUCAAUCUAUCCACAUAAUUUUCCUGCCUCAUGCUGCCAUCUAUUUUGUGAAGUGCCAGUCCCUGCUGCAGCAAAGCACCCCCACAACAUGAUGCUGCCACCCCCGUGCUUCACGGUUGGGAUGGUGUUCUUCUGUCUUGCAAGCCUCCCCCUUUUUCCUCCAAACAUAACGAUGGUCAUUAUGGCCAAACAGUUCUAUUUUUGUUUCAUCAGACGAGAGGACAUUUCUCCAAAAAGUACGAUAUUUGUCUCCAUGUGCAGUUGAAAACCAUAGUCUGGCUUUUUUUUAUGGCGGUUUUGGAGCAGUGGCUUCCUUGCUGAGCGGCCUUUCAGGUUAUGUCGAUAUAGGACUCGUUUUACUGUGGAUAUAUAUACUUUUGUACCUGUUUCCUCCAGCAUCUUCACAAGGUAGCUGUUGUUCUGGGAUUGAUUUGCACUUUUCACACCAAAGUACGUUCAUCUCCUUCCUGAGGGGUAUGACGCUGCGUGGUCCCAUGUUGUUUAUACUUGCGUACUAUUGUUUGUACAGAUGAAUGUGGGACCUUCAGGUGUUUGGAAAUUGCUCCCAAGGAUGAACCAAACUUGUGGAGGUCUACAAUUUGUUUUCUGAGGUCUUGGCUGAUUUCUUUUGAUUUUCGCAUGAUGUCAAGCAAAGAAGCACUGAGUUUGAAGGUAGGCCUUGAAAUAGAUCCACAGGUACACCUCCAAUUGACUCAAAUGAUGUCAAUUAGCCUAUCGGAAGCUUCUAAAGCCAAUUGUUGGAAAAGGUACUUGUGUCAUGCACACAAGUAUAUGUCCUAACCGACUUGCCAAAACUAUAAUUUGUUAACAAGAAAUUUGUUGAGUGGUUGAAAAACUAGUUUUAAUGACUCCAACAUAAGUGUUUGUAAAUUUCCGACUUCAACUGUAUACACUCAGUUGCUAAUAUUCACUUUACUCUACACAAUAUACAUUCUAUACAAUAUACAUUCUAUACACACACAUGUGCACAUCACUUUCUCGGUGCUCGGAUUUGUAAACACAUUCCAUGCCGUUUCUCACAUAAUAAUUUGGGGGGGGUGCUUAUGUUUUUCCUGAUAUUGCAAAAAUGUCAGUACAAGUAGUGUGUUGUCUGCCCUACAUGCACAAACAGCAUUAGGAUAUCUUAAUUCAUCUUGGAAAUAUAGACCUGUAAACACAGAGAUACAACCGGUAGAAAUAUCAACUGAAUAUUUAUGAUGAAUGUAAGCUUUACUUUUUGUUAGCUGAUUAAUAGACACCUUUUUCAAGUAAAAUGUGCUCUCAUUCAGUGCUGUAUGGUGCUGCCUGACAGAGAUACAUACAGUUAAACAUGUAUUUUUUUAAUGUUGUGGCUAUUGUAAUCGGCUCUAAAUUACACACCUUCUAAACUGCAAAAUAAUGCCUGGCUUGAAGGAGAGUGGGCCACAGUCUUAUGUAAUCAAAUAUUGCAAGCUCUGAAAUUGCUCAAAUGUGGAAUAUAAGUAGUCAAUUGUCUGCACUAUAUACACAAAUAAAAAGCAUUAGGAUAUCUUAA